AUGUCUCGGAUAACAUUAUCUGAGGAGGAAGGGGCCGCCGCCCUCAAAGCGGCAGGAAUUGACAUCAAGUACUUCUUCGAGCGGCAUGAAGUGGCGCCGGACAAUCAGAAGAUAUUUUGCCACUCUGGCGUGACCACGCUUGAGAAGUUGUCCAAUUUCGCCAAGGACAAGGAGGAUUUGAUUGCGGUCCUCAAAAAGCACUGGGGGCUGGAUCAGGAGAGGAGCCUGGAUGAAAGAGUCCAGGUGGCAGCAAUGAUCUAUGCAUACACGAAUGCUAGGACAAGAGUGCAGAGGACCGCGGAGGUAGAUGUUGAGUACGAUACCCAACAGUGGAUGCGGCCGAUAGUUGCAGGGGAGUGGGCAGCGAUGAGGUCAGCCAUUGAGAAGCGCUAUGGCCAGAUUGAAGACAAGAUUAUACCAGCCAAGGAGGUGGUGGAGAAGAAGUUAGCCGAGGUGGAAGCUGGCGAAUACAGGGCAGAAGACCUAGCAAAGAUAAUGUCGAAGGACGAGGUCGAGCCCGACACGGUUAUCCCAAUCUGGGACGCAAAGGGGAGGCUGGCCAUGAGGAGAGGGUCGACAAAGGUUGCAGAGCCCACGAAUGCAGAAGAGUUGAGAAGGAGGCUGACCGUGUGGAAGAAUAUGAUGGUAAUGGUCUCGUUGAACGAGACCAUCGAGCAGUACAAGGACUACUUGCUUGGCGAAUUCGCCUAUGGACUGUCAACAAAGGACUCAGAUGGUCAGACAUUCGCAAGUCCGCCAUGGAGCUUGGUCCUCUCCUAUGAGAGGGCAAUGAGAAAGCAGAUGGUCAAGAUCAUCAACACAGAGGGGAAGCCUUUGGUAGUUGCCACGCAAGCAGCAGAAAGGGAAGCCUCAGACCCAUUGAGGCUUGCAAAUGCACGUGGCAUCCGGCUUGAGAUUACAGAACUCGAUAUACAGCGUGAUCGCAAGUUAGAUUUGAUAGUUCCUUCAAUUCAGAAAAAUGGCUGCAGGAAAUUGCUGAAGGCAGGUAUUUUGCAGGUUGUGUGGGCGAAUGACAGGGACCCGUAUCCUUUGAGGAGCUUUGCAUAUCCCAGGGGCUUCAAGUGGAAUCGAGGGCCACGAUUUCACAAGGCAGCAUUUGGUACAACAUUAGCUGACUUUUCCUUCGAGGCCAUGAAGCGACAAUUUAGGAGGACACCGGAGGGUGAUGCUUGGCCAUGGUUGGGGAAGCUCAUUUUCCUUGAGGCCCUGAAGGUCCUGGGUAGUGUCUCGGAGGGGGAAAGAGAGGCUUUUCGCAUGGCUAGAGGUGGAGGAAGCUUCAAUUUGGUGAAGGAUGAGGCGUUUUUGGAGGCUACGAGGUCGUUGAUCGCCAAGAGGUGGGCGCUGGAGAGAGAACUAUGGGAGGAGGCGGUCUGGCAAAAGGAUAACUACGCGUCGGCUGGGGAGCAUGAGGAGUACCUUAAGCAACAUUUAGACCAGGAGGUCAAGGACGGGCUCAUGCACUGCAUGUCCGAGAGAGACUUCAUAGAGGAGUAUGGCGACAACAGAGCAGUAGCGUCAUUGGCAGUGUUGGCUGAGGAUGCAAUCACAGGCAGGAGGAGAAUCAUACACGAUGCAACGCAUGGAGCGCGGGUCAACCAUAGAAUCCAAUGUCGUGACAAGGUCAGAAUGCCGGGCCCUCGGGAGAAAGCGCACCGGCGCUUCAAAUACCAGGCAUCAGAACAGGGCCUCUUAGCACGCAAGGCAUCGAGCAAUUCGGAGACCAUCUAUGUCAACCGGAUGGGCACUUUCGGAGUUCCGUCACCGUAUUGGUGGGGAAGACUGAGUGCUUUCACUGACAAUAAGGGGAACUCCUUCAUCGUGAAGAAAGAGUUGUCCACAAAAUUUCCCAUCACCCUGCUGGUGAUAGAAUUGGCUGAGACCUUGAGGUCCAAAGAUUCUUUUACCAUUCUGGCGUGGGUCCCCCGUGAGAGAAACACCUUGGCAGAUGCCUUGACCAACCUUGAUUUCGAGGCCUUUGACCUUGGGUUGAGAGAGAGUGUCUGUGAAGAUGGCUUGAGGCGGUUGGUCAUGGACGACCUUAUGGAGAGCAGCAAAGUGCUUUUUGAUGAAAUCAAGGCACACAAGCAGAACAAGAAGAGUGGCGUAAAGACCGGAUCCAAGAAAACUCAGAAGUUCUUCACUAAGUGGACCUCCUGA